UGUAAAUGUGAUUUUGCUGUUUUUUCCUGUGCUGUCAACAUAUUUAUAGGAAGUACUGGAAUAACAUAUAGCAUUGUAAUUUAUAUGAAACUUAGGAAUUUAUACAUUUCUUUUUUCACAUUAUUACAAAUUAUUUUUAUUAUGAAUUUAUUAGGAAAUAAAAUUUAUAAUGGCUAGUGUGUCCAGGUUUCACAAUCGUGUUCAUAGAAUAAAUACUUAAUAAUUAUACAUUUCAGAUUUAUAUAUACAGAAUGCAAAUAAAAUCAUGUUAUAAAAUAAUUACUACUAAUUUUAAAAAUACUUUUAUUCGAAAUCUCAUCACCGGAAGAACUAUUGUUCCCAUUAAAAGCAAUGGAGUUAUAUCAGUACAUGGAAAAGAUUGCAAAAAGUUGUUACAAGGUAUGAUUACUAAUGAUGUGUCAUUGUUGGACAAUAAUCUUGUAAAUUGCAUUUACUCAAUGGUUUUAAAUGUGCAAGGGAGAAUAUUGUAUGAUUUGUUUUUACAUAAACAUGAACAUGGUUAUUUAAUGGAAUGCAAUUCAUGUUUUAAAGAUGAGUUGGUGUCUUAUCUGAACCGAUACAAACUGCGAUCAAAAGUUUUUUUCGAAAAUCGAGAUGAUUUAAAUGUUUAUGUUUCAUUCAGUUCUGAUAUGUUUGAUCAUUUUGUUGUAGAUCCACGCCUACCAAAACUAGGUUAUCGCAAUUUGUCUACAAAAAAAAUAGUUGAAAAUGAUUUUGGCGAUAUAUCUUGCUAUACAAAUCUUCGCUAUCAAUUAGGAAUUUCAGAGGGAGUGGAAGUUAUUAAUGGUAUUCCAUUAGAACAUAACUUAGCUCUUCUUAAUGGUGUUAGCUUCACAAAAGGUUGUUAUAUUGGCCAAGAGCUUGUUGCACGAGCACACCAUACCGGUGUUGUAAGGAAACGAGUGGUUCCAUUAUUGUUGUCAAGAGAACAUUGUUUAUUAGAUGGAAACACUGUUUGCAUGGAAGGAGAUUUUCAGGUUGGAAAACUGUUAGGUAUAUCAGGAAAAAAUGCAAUUGGUUUAUUGAGACUCAAAGAAAUAUUUGAUGAUAAAAACAAACUUCACAUUAAGGAUUCAGAUAUUUCUGUUAAAGCAUUUAAACCUGAUUGGUGGCCAGAUAAUUUGACUUAUAAAUAGUGUAUAGUGUCAAUAUAUAAAUUGUAUUAAAAAUUAUUUAGUGAUAUGUUUUUUUUGUAAUGCAUAAUUUUUUGUCUUAAAUCAUUUUUUUUGGGUAAUAAAUUCUUUGUUGUUUGAUGUUA